CCCCAUGGAACUUGAAUGCAACACACCAGCAGCAAGAUUCUCCCUGCGCAUGCUCACAGCGUUAGCAUUAGUACUGUGAUGACUGUGAUGUGUGUUUUUAGAAGGUGUGUUGUCAUCCAGGCACUUCGGUGUGUGUUUUUUGCAUGCAUGUUUUAGUGUAUUUGGAGCAAAUCAUUCUCAGAGACAAUUGUAGCUACCCUACAGCUGGAGGAAACGGACUAUGUCGGCAAAUAAAACAAAGAAAGUCAAAAUGGCUACUAAAUCUUGUCCUGAAUGCGACCAACAGAUUCCAGUUGCGUGCAAGUCCUGCCCAUGUGGUUAUGUGUUUAUUAGCAGAAAACUCCUAAAUGCCAAGUUAAAUGAGCGCUCCUCUCCAGCCAUAGCAGACAAGCUGGACUUUAAGCGGAGGAGGACAGAGCGCAUUCGCAGAGAGAGGAUAGACUCUUCUUUAACCAGUGACUUGGAAAACAGGAGAAGAUCCCGGGCCAACAGCCAAUCAGAUCCCAUCCGGAGAGGAAGGGGCAGACCAAAAACAGUGGGGCUGAAGAAACACGAAGAGGAGAAAGCUUCAUCCGAGUCUCCUGAAGUUGCCGCACAGGCACACUGCAUAGCCUACAACGUGUGUUUCUUGAAGCAGGAAUCAUGGCGGAAGGAGGAGAUGACAGCUCUCAGAACAUUUAUCAGCCUAUUGCCUAUAUUUUUGUAACAUAAUAAACACUGUUGCCCUUUUUGAAACUAUUUCAGCUUGUGUAGGCCUAUCAGUGCUUUCUGGAAAUAUUGAAUACACUUUUAAAAAUACCGCAAUAAUACUGAAAACCAUGAUAAUUUUGGUCACUCUAACCGUGAGGUUAAAUUUUCAUACCGUUACAUCCCUAGACAUGACAUUGUCAUAACCAUGACCUGACAUCUGUCAUGAACACGAAGGAGUCUAUGAACGUUCAUGACUGUUGUCAUUAAGUGUCAUUCAGUAACUUAUGACACUAUUAAUGCUAAGUUGGUUGUAUAAGAUGUCUUUGUUAUGACAACUUGACAUUAACCAAGACAACAUAACCUGUAAUCAAUAUGUCAUGGCAGGCCUAAUUAAUAAACUAAUAAUCUAAAGAAACUCUUAGCUUUAUGUGUUAACAUUACAUUAAACUGUCAUAAGUGGCUGGUUCUGACAAUGGCUGUCAUGAGACUGAAUAUUUUCCUUGACCUCAAGUAAAGUGAAACAAUUUGGACUCGUCAUUAGGGUGUCAUAAAAGUUAUAAGACCAGUUUGACAACAGUGAAUGCACUACUGAGGUUAUUUAAUGAGUUUUGAAUGGAUGAUGUUAGCUUUGGGGUGGCAGUAGCUCAGUCCAUAGGGAGUUGGGUGGGGAACCAGAGGGUCGCCGGUUCAAGUCUAUGGGCAGCCCCCAACUCUGACAUCUCUCCAUUCGUGUAUGUAUAGGUCCUGUGCAUGUGUGUGAACAUUUAAUUUCCCCUCGUGGGAUUAAUAAAGGCACUUCUUCUUCUGUCUUUAGACUAAGGUUACUCGUUGCUAAACUAUCCGCUAACUAGUUAGCUGCUGUUAGCUAGUUAGCUUGGUUAGCUGUACAGCUGACUCAGCCGUAGGGUGCAAGGUGCCAAACCCUGAAAUAAACCCAUCUCAGAAGUGUAUUCCCUGUUCUGUAACUGGCCAUUAUAAUGGUCUCAUAAAAGCCAAUAUAAAAACCACCCACUUUAAUGUAAUGUUAACAAAUAAAGUGAAAUGGUUUUUUUAAGUUAGAUAGUUAGACCUGCUGUGACAUAUUUAUGACUAUGGUUACAAUAUGUUGUCGAGGUUAAUGUCGAGUUGUCACAACAAAGACAUUGUUGUCCAAUAACAGUUUUCUGUCUCAUGUCUCUCCCUUCUCCUCCCUCCCUUUCAACUCUCCUGCUCCCCCUGGGGAGGCACG